AUGGAUGGGCUCAUCAUCUUCUUCAUCAUCAUCAUCAUCGCAGAGGUGGCGGAGCGGCAGGGGUGGUGGCGCAGAAUGUAUGACUGUUCGCAUGUGCCGGGAUCUGAGGUGAGGCCCGCCUCGGAGCUUUGUGCAUCGCUGCAUCACCAUGGCAACAGGUCUUCUCGACGCCGAACAACUCCGACACAUCCGAGUAGCCGUUGGGCUGAGCUUAAAAUGCUCGACAUGCAGCACAAGAAAAAGACUGCCUCAGCCAGAGCAAAAGUCGACUGCACAAUAAUGCAAUACAAAGAUGUGAAGCUGAAAUGGAAGAAGAUGUUGAAGGUCCUUAUGCUUAUCAGUUUUCUGUUGAAAGGUCAAACAGCUGUGAUUCAAACACAGCAGACUGUGAUGGUAAAAGUAGGAGAAGAUGUUCAUCUCAGCUGUCAGCUCAUGCAGACUAAAGAUGUUCUUCAGGUCACCUGGCAGAAAGAUUUACCUGAGGAGAAGAAGAAUAUCGCCACAUACAGUGAACACUUUGGACAAACAGUGAAUCCUGGUUUUAAGGAUAAAGUGGAGUUUAAAGAUGCUGGACUGAAGAACUGCUCUAUAGUUAUCAGGAAGGUGAUGGAGCAGGAUGAAGGCUGCUAUCUCUGUUUGUUUAACACGUAUCCUGAUGGUUCUCUGACAGGAAGAACCUGCAUCCAGCUCUAUGAGCUGCAUGAACCCAUUCUACAAAUCAGAGAAUCAAACUCUACUGAAGAGACAGUUGUGUCCUGCUCGGCCACAGGUCGUCCUGCUCCCACAGUAACUCUGAAUGUCACACAACAAGACCUCUACUUCUCUAACAGCAGCACAGUCAGUGUCACCAACACCAACGCUACAGUCACUGUCACCACUACAGCUGUGCUGUCUGGUUUCCAUGGAAACGGUGCACAGGUUGGAUGUGCAGCAGGACUGCUCUCAGUCCCUGAAAUUCAGGUGUUUAAGACGAUUCCUGCAGUCAAUCAAACAUCUGAUGAUGGUGAGAAACACUUCAAGAACCACUGA